GCUCCUCUCCAUCCCUCCACUGUGUGAGUCUUAUUCUUUCUCUCAAUGCAGCUGCCAUCCAGGCAGAGCCCCAGCAUGUCCUACAGCAAGUGCUCCUGCAAGCCUCGCCCGCCUCCUCUCUCAUAGCAGCACCGCAAGCCUCACACCUCGGGCGGGACCACUGCAUGCCGGCCUUGGGCUCCGGGACUAACAGCAGCAACGUGGGAAGAACGGGGAGCAGUGUACAAUAUACACGAGAAAAGGAAACAUGGCGAGCGACUCCCCGGCUCGUAGCCUGGAUGAGAUAGAUCUGUCGGCGCUGAGGGAUCCUGCUGGAAUUUUCGAGUUGGUGGAACUAGUUGGGAAUGGAACUUAUGGACAAGUUUACAAGGGUCGCCAUGUUAAAACCGGACAGCUUGCGGCUAUUAAAGUCAUGGACGUCACAGGGGAUGAAGAGGAAGAAAUCAAACAAGAGAUUAACAUGCUGAAGAAAUACUCACAUCACAGAAAUAUUGCCACAUACUAUGGAGCAUUUAUAAAAAAGAACCCUCCGGGAAUGGAUGAUCAGCUAUGGCUGGUAAUGGAAUUCUGUGGUGCUGGAUCCGUCACUGAUUUGAUCAAAAACACCAAAGGCAAUACUUUGAAAGAAGAGUGGAUUGCUUACAUCUGCAGGGAGAUCUUACGGGGCCUGAGUCAUCUGCACCAGCACAAAGUGAUUCAUCGAGAUAUUAAGGGGCAGAAUGUCUUGCUGACAGAAAACGCUGAAGUUAAACUAGUGGACUUUGGUGUUAGUGCUCAGCUUGACAGAACGGUUGGCAGGAGGAAUACGUUUAUUGGAACACCAUAUUGGAUGGCUCCGGAAGUCAUUGCCUGUGAUGAAAACCCUGAUGCAACCUAUGACUUUAAGAGUGACUUGUGGUCUUUAGGAAUAACAGCCAUAGAAAUGGCAGAGGGAGCUCCCCCACUCUGCGAUAUGCACCCAAUGAGAGCCCUCUUUCUUAUCCCUCGGAAUCCAGCCCCAAGAUUGAAAUCAAAGAAAUGGUCUAAAAAAUUUCAGUCAUUUAUUGAGAGCUGCCUUGUGAAGAAUCACGGCCAAAGACCCUCAACAGAGCAGUUAAUGAAACAUCCCUUUAUCAGGGAUCAGCCUAACGAAAGGCAGGUUCGAAUCCAACUUAAGGACCACAUUGACAGAACAAAGAAAAAAAGAGGGGAAAAGGAUGAAACGGAAUAUGAGUACAGUGGAAGCGAAGAAGAAGAGGAAGACAAUGAUUCCGGAGAGCCAAGCUCAAUUUUAAAUCUACCUGGAGAGUCGACGUUAAGAAGAGAUUUCUUGAGGUUACAGUUGGCAAAUAAGGAGCGUUCGGAAGCAUUGAGACGCCAGCAGCUGGAACAGCAGCAACGGGAAAAUGAAGAGCACAAAAGGCAACUACUGGCAGAGAGGCAAAAACGCAUUGAGGAGCAGAAGGAACAAAGGAGGAGGCUGGAAGAGCAGCAGAGAAGGGAAAAAGAAAUGAGAAAGCAGCAGGAGAGAGACAAAAGACGGCGGUAUGAGGAGCAGGUGCGCAGGGAGGAAGAACGAAGGCGAGCAGAACAUGAGAAGGAAUACAUAAGGCGCCAAUUAGAGGAGGAGCAGAGGCAGUUAGAGAUCUUGCAGCAGCAGUUACUGCAGGAGCAAGCUCUACUUCUGGAGUAUAAGCGUAAGCAGUGUGAAGAACAGAGACAAGCAGAACGACUGCAAAGGCAGCUUCAGCAAGAGCGAGAUUACCUAGUUUCUCUUCAGCAACAACAGCAGCAGCGGCAACAAGAACAGAGGUCAUCUGAGAAAAAGCCACUCUAUCAUUACAAAGAAGGGCUAAACCCUGCAGAGAAACCAGCAUGGGCAAAAGAGGUUCAACAGCGAUCUCUUAGUAAUUCGCCUGUACUUCCAGCUAAGCAGCAACAUACCUCUGCAAUCGAGCAGCAGGGGUCAUUGGUAACCAAAGAUGCAUCUGCUAAUUGGCAGCUCUCCAAUAGGCCCAAUUCUCAGAACCUGCAAGCAUCAGGUCGUGUGAAAAUGGACAUCUUAGCUCCAUCCUUGAUAUUGCCUUCAAUUCAGAUUUCCAAAUCAGGGCCCUGGACACAGAAUGAAGUGCAAUCUCUAGAUGAUGAAGUGAGAUACUUACUCCAAGUGAACUCACAAGAAAAUGAACCCGGGAGAAAAUCAGUUACAUCCCUUAAAGGGUCCCGGUCACAAGGAUGUAGCCCAGCCAGGGACUCUGGAUUGUCCAAGGUAGAGGAUCGCUCCAGACUCAAUCGUCAGAGUUCCCCUGCAAUGCCACAUAAAGUAGCUAACAGGAUAUCUGAUCCAAAUCUGCCUCCGAGAUCAGAAUCUUUUAGCAUCAGUGGGGUGCAGCCUGCCCGAACACCUCCAAUGCACAGACCGAUUGAUCCACAGCAACUUCCUCUUUUGGUCUCCGUGAAAACCCAGGGAUCAUCCUUGUCUGCCUCCCAGUCACUGCAUGAACAGUCUGCCAAGGGAAUGUCUGCUUUUCAGGAGGGGAUUAUUUCUCAUCGCCCAGAGAUGCCAAGGCAGAAUUCUGACCCGACAUCUGAAAAUCCUCCUUUACCUCCUCGCAUUGAAAAAUUUGAUCGCAGUUCAUGGUUACGCCAGGAGGAAGACUUUCCACCAAAGGUGCCUCAACGGACAACUUCUAUCUCCCCUGCAUUAGCCCGAAAGAACUGUUCUGGUAAUGGCAAUUCACUGGGAAACAACUUGGCAACCCAUCCUAUUAGAGCAAGCAACCCUGAUUUGAGAAGAACUGAAACAGUCAUUGAAAACCCUAUCCAAAGAAUUAGCAGUGGAAGCUCCUCCAGUUCCAGUACGCCAAGCUCGCAGCCUAGUUCUCAAGGGGGAUCACAACCUGGAUCUCAAGCAGGUUCAAGUGAGAGGAACAGGGCUCGAGCAGGUAACAAUAAACCAGAAGGAUCUCCACUGCUGCCACAUGAAACAUCUAAUUCGAAAGCAGAGGAGAACAGAGAUGUGACACGUCCAAGCCGGCCAGCUAGUUAUAAGAAAGCUAUAGAUGAGGCUGUUAUCUCACAGACAGAGCCCGCGGAUGAUGGAAUGGUCAUGCCGCGGCGAGUGAAAUCUAAAAAAACAGGGGAAAUGGAUCUGACAGCGCUGGCCAAAGAGCUGCGAGAACUCCGAAUUGAAGAGACUAACCGGCCAAUUAAAAAAGUGACUGACUACUCUUCGUCUAGUGAAGAGUCAGAAAGCAGCGAGGAGGAAGAUGGUGAAAGUGAGGCGCAAGAUGGAACCGUACCAGUUAGUGACAUUCCUAGACUCAUAACAACAGGAAUAUCCGAAAAUGAGCCAUAUAAUGUAGGGACACAGGGUAUGGAAACGUCUCAGUCGGAGACAUUCCGAAACAUUUCAAGAGAAGGCACUUUAAUGACGUCCGGAGAUAAAAAACGUUCUGGCCAUGCUGAGAGUAAUGGUUUUGCCAGCCAUAUUAAUCUUCCUGACCUUGUCCAGCAAAGUCACUCCCCGGUGGGUACACCAACUGAGGCUUUGGGGCGAGGUCCUACGCAUGCACAAGAGAUGGAUACUGUGAAUGAAUAUGGCGUGGCAAAUAACACCAAAGCAUCCUUCACUUCAUUUGUUGAUCCAAGAGUUUAUCAGACUUCCCCCACUGACAAUGAUGAUGAAGAGGAUGAAGAUGAUGACGAUGAUGAAGAGUCGUCUGCAACAGCCCUGUUUACUAGCGAACUUCUUAGACAAGAACAAGUGAAGCUGAAUGAGGCCAGAAAAAUAUCAGUGGUAAACGUGAACCCUACCAAUAUUCGUCCUCACAGCGAUACUCCAGAGAUCCGGAAAUACAAGAAACGCUUUAAUUCUGAGAUACUUUGUGCCGCACUAUGGGGUGUAAACUUACUAGUGGGAACAGAGAACGGACUAAUGUUGUUGGAUCGAAGUGGACAAGGAAAGGUCUACAACCUUAUCAACAGGAGGAGGUUUCAGCAGAUGGAAGUUCUAGAAGGGCUAAACGUCCUUGUCACAAUUUCAGGGAAAAAGAACAAAUUAAGAGUGUACUACCUUUCCUGGCUGCGGAAUCGAAUCUUACACAACGACCCAGAAGUAGAGAAGAAGCAGGGCUGGAUUACUGUGGGAGAACUGGAAGGCUGUGUGCAUUAUAAAGUUGUGAAAUAUGAAAGAAUCAAGUUCCUGGUGAUUGCUUUAAAAAAUGCUGUAGAGAUUUAUGCCUGGGCCCCCAAACCAUAUCAUAAAUUUAUGGCUUUCAAGUCCUUUACAGACCUCCAACAUAGACCAUUGCUCUGUGAUCUCACUGUAGAAGAAGGUCAGAGAUUAAAAGUGAUUUUUGGAUCAAGCACUGGAUUCCAUGUAAUUGAUGUUGAUUCUGGCAAUACAUAUGACAUCUAUAUUCCAUCUCAUAUUCAGGGAAACAUCACCCCUCAUGCUAUUGUUGUAUUGCCAAAAACAGAUGGCAUGGAGAUGCUCGUGUGCUAUGAGGAUGAGGGAGUUUAUGUGAAUACCUAUGGUCGAAUAACUAAAGAUGUGGUGCUGCAGUGGGGUGAAAUGCCUACGUCAGUUGCAUAUAUCCAUUCCAAUCAGAUAAUGGGCUGGGGAGAGAAAGCUAUUGAAAUCCGUUCUGUGGAAACUGGACAUCUGGAUGGGGUGUUCAUGCAUAAGAGAGCCCAACGUUUAAAGUUCUUAUGUGAAAGGAAUGAUAAGGUUUUCUUUGCAUCUGUACGAUCAGGGGGCAGCAGUCAAGUGUUUUUUAUGACGCUCAACAGAAACUCCAUGAUGAACUGGUAACGGAACUACCCUGGCACUUCUCUCCAUGGCAUUAUUUCUAAACUACAUUUGGUUUUGUAGAUUGCACAGCCUUGCAGAACAAGCUGCUGACUCUCAGAACCUGCUGUGAAUUUUUGUUCUUGACUCUCAGAAGCAGCUGUGGAGUCCUGUUGUUCUUGACUCACAAGUUGUGUUAUUGCUCUUGGGAUAAAGACCAUUUAGACUGUAUUGCACCUCCAGGCUGGGAACAUGCGUGCUUCUGAGGCCUUCAGACUGUGUUUUAGUGGCUUGUUGACCUUUUCAUUGUCUUAUUUCCUAAAAGAUGAAGAAAAGGUGUUUCAAAUUGAGCCAGUCUGUUGAUAUAUGUCUGCUUGCUCUACCACUAUAUAAAUAAAUAUAUAUAUACAUAUGUUGUACAAUUUAAAGAGACAGCACAACAAUGUACCUUUUCUGAUUUGCUGAAGGCCAUGGCUGUAUAGCUGGGUAAUUUUCUUGCCUUGCCUUCACCAACUUGAACGUUGCUUUUUGUCAGCAACGGCCUAAAAUUUUUAAUAGGGAAUCAACAGUUUCCUCGUCUUUAGGGGAUCGUAAUGUUCAUGGCUAAACUUCUAGCCUUAGUCUAAACAAAUCAAAUGCCAUUUGUCGAGCUGUCUAGCCCGAUAGCUGUCCGUUCAUACAUCCGGAGUGUAUUGGUACAGCGACGGCAGCAGUGAGAUUGGUGCAGUUCACACAGUAGGUAUUAUUUUGUAUAUUAUGCAACAAAUUAGAGCAAAAAAAAUAAAUGAAAGGGAGUAAAACCAAAAUAAUGGUUUGCCUUUGCAUCUCUUAUUGGUACUCUCUUGCACAAGGCUAUUCAGAGUUUAUAGCUGACAUGGCAAUAAUAGGACAUUUGCCAGCACUCUCACAAUGACACUUUGUAGUACUAUUAAAUUAUGAACAGAAAUCAGUACUUUGGGAGGCUGUACUCUGUAAAUCAGGGAUAGGCACAUGUGGCUGUUGGGCUAAUGCCCAAUUACCACUCCUAAUCCUUAUCCGAUGCUUUGAGAACACUGAGGGUUACGGCUCAGUAACAGCACCUUCUAACUCAGCCGUCACUGCUGUAAAUGGACAACCUCAACGUCUGUUCUACCACUGAAUGGAACCAACACUCCACCACCACCUUUGUUUACAGAAACCAACUUCUGCCUGCCAACCUUGUCAGAACAAAAAGUUUUUUGUUUUGUUUUUUUUUUUCUUUCCACCCCGAAUUACCCAACAUACAGUAAAAGACCACUUCUGUGCAAAAAAAAAAAAAAUGAAAAAUAAAAACGUUUAAAAAAAGUGUGUACUUAGUUCAGGUGACAAGUCCUUUAACACAAUUGCUCUAAUAAUUUAAAGAUAAAGUACGUGUAUCAGAAGUUUAUUUUAAUAGCUGCAAGCAUGGCUGGCUGUGGUAAUAGGGUGUUACAUCCACAAAACUGUGUUGCGCUUCUUCUUUUAUUAUUAUUAUUAUUAUUAUCAUUUUUCUUUUUAACCUACCUCGUUUUGUCUCUUUUUUUUGGGUGUCAUUUCUUCUUCUUCUUGUUGAACUGUUGCUUCCGAGAACCUCUACUGUUGGCUUUAACAUGUACUGGGGACAAAGCAAAAGUGUCAGCCAUAAUAAAUACUGCUCAAUGCAAAAUGGCUCAACGAGAUGCUUUUGCAACGAGAUGAAGCGGUUUAGCAGGGAAUGCACCUGGACUGGGCACAUGGUCUCAGCGUACGUCAUGUAGCAAUUCACAGAUUGGAGACGAAGAAAAGCGACGCACUCUGUCAUUAACCAUUUAGUUGCUGUGAUUGUAUUUUGUCGGGUGCUUCAGAACAUUUUGUUGCUAACUGAUGAACCUUUAUAAUGUUAAAGCCUUCAGAAUACACCGUCAAAAUGGUUUUUUUAUUGUAGGUUUUUGGGUAAAGUUAUGAAAUAAAAGGGAUUUAUUGUGUUUGAA